AAGAAAAAAAAAAGUAGUAUCAUUUCAAUUCUACAAAAAAGAAAAGAGAAGAUUUUUAUGUUGAAAACAAAACAUAAUGUGUUCCUUACAUGUUGUGUAAUUAAAAACAUCAACCAUCUUGUGUAGGGAAGGAGGAGGAGGAGGCUAGAAAAGAAGAGGCAGUCUUCUUUUCUCUCCUACCCUUUUUAUUACUCAGCUGCAGAAUUUGGAAGCUCUCCCUUUUAAGAUACUUUCAUGUUUUGAUCUUUUCUUAUUAUAUGUGUGUGUGUGUGUGUACUUAGUUUGAGUUUCAUCAGCUUUCAUGGUUGAGGAAGUGAAUCCUAUGUCUGCAGGAAAAAUUUCUUUGCCUUAAAAUGUUAUAUAUAUGACAAGUACUAUACCGUAUUUGUUUUAAAUCUUGUGUCAUGUGUACACAGAUCUGACGGAUCGGUAUCUCCGACGACGUACACUAUUAGGCCUGCGGAUUUUCGUUUACUCUGUUUCUUCCCAUAUGUUUAGGCAUACAUAGUAUUGUUGGCAGAAUGGGAAAGAAAGGAGGAUGGUUUUCUGCAAUUAAAAGAGUUUUUGUAUCACAUUCCAAGGAGAAACUAAAUAAUUCGUUUCAGGAAUCGGAUAAAAAAGAUGGUAAAGGAAAGAAGAAGAAAAUUCAUGGGAAGUACCAGCAUGGAGAGACCAAUUCCUUCAUUCCACUCUUCAGAGAGCCGAGCAGUAUCGAGAAAAUUCUUGGGGAGGCUGAAAGAGAUCAUAAAAUAAUCUUCCGGCCUCCGACGCCUCCGGACCAGCAGAGAACGCCGCCUUUUGUGCUUCCUAGAGUUGCUUCUCCUCGGUUUCGUUCUCAGAGGAUUGCAUCCCCGAGGGCUGUUUCUCAGAGGAUUGCUUCCCCUCCUCGAGCCUUUUCUCAUAGGGCGGCUUCUCCACUUCCGCUUCCGCCUGGGCGAGCUGCCUCUCCGAGAGCUGCUUCUCCGAGGAUUGUUCGCCCACAACAGGAACCAACUUUAAGGAGCCAUCACGCUUCAGCUACAAAGAUUCAAGCAGCCUUUAGAGGUUACUUGGCAAGGAGAAAUUUUAGAGCUUUGAAAGGCCUAGUGAGGCUUCAAGGAGUUGUGAGAGGCCACAAUGUGAAACGUCAAACUAUAACUGCCAUGAAGUAUAUGCAGCUUUUGGUUCGAGUUCAGUCUCAGAUUCAGUCACGCCGGAUCCAGAUGUUAGAAAACCAAGCACGACGACAAACUCUGUUUAAGAACGACAAUGAAACAGAGAGCGCCUAUGGCAAAUGGACCUUCAACCAGGCAUCUGAGGCAGGUAACGAGAAUUGGGAUGAUAGCGUGCUAUCAAAGGAAGAAAUAGAGGAAAGAAUGCAGAGAAGGGUGGAGGCAGUAAUCAAGAGAGAAAGGGCCAUGGCCUAUGCAUAUUCCCAUCAGCUAUGGAAAGAUACAACGAAAUCACCGUACACAGGUUUAUCGGACAUUCGGCCAUGGUGGUGGAACUGGUUAGAACGUCAAGUAUCACCUGCCUAUGGACCCGAAAACCAAGCCAUGAAGACCUUCCAACUUACACCAUCAAGGCCAAACUCCGAAUUGAAGCCUAGUCCAAGGCUCCAUUCUAGCAGCAAGCAACAGGUACAACAGUUCACAUUUGACAAUAUCAUAGACAUCCCUACACCGAAAUCCACAAGGUCCACCAUUCUCCCAGCAACAAGGCCUAUGCAAACUCCACCACCUCCAAGUAGACUCCCACUCACCCCACAAGCCACCAGCUCGGGGUUGUCGAACUCAAAACGUUCAAGGUCGAGAGGUAGUAUCGGGGUGGAUUCGCCAAUGAACUUCCCAGCCAAAGACGACAACAGCCUUACAAGCUGCCCACCAUUUUCAGUUCCAAGCUACAUGGCUCCGACGGUAUCGGCGAAAGCCAAGGUGAGAGCCAAUAGUAAUUCGAAAGAGAGGUUUAUGGCGACACCGGGGAGUGAGUCGAACAGGAGGCUUUCGUUCCCGUUAACACAAGGGAUCGGAUCAUUCAAAUGGGGCAAAGGGUCAUUGUUUUCAGGAAAGGAUUCGAGGUCGCAAACGGGCUUAGACAAGCGUCAAUCACUUCAAUCGUUGGGCAAUUUGAGCGUGGAUUCAACUGUUUCAAUGCCUGCUACUGUUGGAAGAAAGCCGUUUAAUAGAUUUGUGUGAUUCAUUGAACCUUUUCAUUAUUUCUUCGAAUGUUGUCGUUUUUUAAUUGAGUGAAUGGUGAUGUGAUACACAAUUUCUGAUGUAAAAUAAAAACAGAAACUUGAGGAAAACAGUGUUUUGAAUGUUUUUUAUAAGAUUUUUUAUUCGAAUCUUAA